AUGCCGAGCCAUCACAAUCGCUCCAAGACGCACAGAGCUGGCGUUGUUGCAUCUACGGGCUUGUUACUGGCUCACGGUGCAGCGGCGGCGUUCAAUGCCAACGACAAUGUAGCAGUGUACUGGGGACAGAACUCAUACAACCAAGCCGAAGGAGCCCUCGCACAACAAUCACUCGCCGACUACUGCGCAAACUCAAAUAUCGACGUGAUCCCCAUGUCAUUCCUCGUCCAAGUCACGACAGGUCAAGGUGGGCAACCCGUGAUAAAUCUCGCUAACGCAGGAGACAAAUGCAACCUCUUCCCCGACAGCGCCCUUCUAGACUGUCCUCACAUUGGCGAGGACAUCAAGACGUGCCAAGAUACAUACAACAAAACCGUACUGCUCUCCAUCGGCGGUGCAACAUAUACAGAAGGAGGCUUUGCUAGUGAAGAGGCAGCUGUCAAAGCCGCGAAUUUGAUCUGGGACACUUUUGGCCCUGUUGCUAACUCUAGUGUUGCUUCGAAUACUACUACUAACAUGACGACCGUGGCCAAGGAAUUUGCAUCGACGAGUGCUGGAGGACAGAAUCGGACGGCAUCCGCCGCUGCUUCCAGUGCGACUUUGGAUUACGACCCGCAAGAUCCCUUGUGGGCGGUAAGUUUACUGGAAAAGGUCACCCAAACAAUAACAACAACAGCGACAACAGCUGCAGCAGCGACACUACAAGAUCUCAGCGCGCUCAGGACUACCGGGACUUCCAAAGGAUCAUCCGCGGAGAGGACUGCUAACCCCACAGCUUCCUCCUCGGUCAAUCUCAGGCAUAGCUCCGCACAAUCUAGACUGCAGACGGCCAUUUCGAGGACCGGCAGGGCCAAGAUAGCGAGCUCUGAGGCGGGGAACAACUCCAAGACUGGAUCCUCCAAGACGGAAAACAAUUCCAGAACAUCAACCCCACAACCAAAACAAACCUCUCUUACAACACUCUACCAAACCGGGACCGAAGACCCUCAAGACCGCGUCCAAACCAUUGUAGAUGAGCACGGGACACGAUUCAUCCCACCAGGCAAAGUCUCAUCCACAUCAUCCUCCUCCCCACGCUCCACCCACGCGUCUCAAGCAGCAAAGGAGGAGAAGGAAGAACAGAAAGAAGAAAAGGCCCACUCUUCCCCCAAGAUCCGCACAGUAAACUAUGAUGGCACGCGCAACUUCCGCCGCCAGUCCCCAUCCUCUGCUACUCUCCGACCAUWCGGCAACGCAGCAGUAGACGGUUUCGAUCUGGAUAUUGAAGCCCCGGGCCAGAAUUUCGUGGCUUUUGCAAACCAACUCCGUAAACUGAUGGAUGCCGAACAAUCCAAAACCCACGUCGGAAAGACGGAGAGGAGUUACUACCUCACUGCUGCUCCGCAAUGCCCAUAUCCAGAUCUCAACAAUGACGCGAUGUUCAAUGGAGGGGUGGCUUUUGAUGMUGUAAGUCGUGUUCCCACCUCACAAACCUGCAAUCGGCCAACUAAUCAUGAUCAGCUCUUCGUCCAAUUCUACAACAACUACUGCGGCGUCCAAUCCUUCGUCGCCAACAACACCAAGCAAAACAACUUCAACUUUGAAGUUUGGGAUACUUGGGCCACCAGCAAAUCCUCGAACCCGGACGUGAAAAUUUACCUCGGCGUCCCGGCUGGUCAAAGCGCUGCGGGAAGUGGAUAUACCCCUGUCGCGAACCUCGAGCCCGUCAUUGCUUUUAGCAAGACUUUCAAGAGUUUCGGAGGGGUUAUGGCGUGGGAUGCCAGUCAGGCGUAUGCGAAUAAUGGGUUUUUGAAGGGUGUCAAGGCUGCGUUGAAGGUGCCUGCUACGKGCGGGAAGGAGGCGAAGGAGGGGAAGAAGGAGAUGGGUAAGCGGAGGGGUGUUAGGAGGGGAAUGAGACAGGCUUGGUGGGCUUGA